AGAUCUUGGUCCGCAGUCGAGAAUCGUAGUUUUCCGGGAAACGUAUGGCAUAUUCCCGGUCGAGUGUUCGAAUUUUCACUGCCAUGUCGCGUCUAGUUGUCGCCGAUAGAAACCGUCGCUUCGUUUGAGCGUUUCGCGGGAAAAAAGUUGGAAAAUUUGUUUGUUGAUUAUUAAAUGUUAGGUUAGGUUAGUUCAGCAUGGAAUUCUAAAUUGAGGACUUCGAGAAAUUGAUAUAUAAAGUGAAUGAAGGAAUUACAACAGUAAUCAUAAUUUUUCUGAUAGUAUUUUAUAAUCUCGGCGGAUAAUGUCAGCUGCUGUUUGGAUCUCAAUCUCAAUAUUAACUGUCCUCUACAUUUCAUUAUCAGGAUUGGUAUCGGCACAAAGUUCUCAAAGGGGAUCUACAGGACCGCCUCCUCUUACAGGAAAGUGUAAAAUUUAUGAGUUUCGGUGCUCUAAUGGUCGUUGUAUACCUCUAAAUCGAUAUUGCAAUAAUAAAAAUGAGUGUGGAGAUGGAUCCGAUGAACCGAGAUAUUGUACAAGAUGUAACAAAACUUACUAUGGAGUUAUUGGAAAAACUUAUGACUUAGAAUUACAUCGUCCGAAAGAAGACAAAAUUCCUUUUAUAUGCUUUCUGACUUUUACUGCAAAUGGUGGUGAUUUUGGUGACCUGAUACAGUUGACAUUUGACAGUUUCACCUUGGGCCGAUUCGUGUCUUUCACAGCGGACGGAUGUCCGGAUGGUGCCUUACAAAUAUCGGAAUCAAAUAGACCCCAAGUGGGAGGUUCUUGGUGCGGAACAUCUUGGGGUCCCGCCAUCUAUUACAGCGAAACCAAAAGUGUUACGGUGUCCGUCAAUCUAUACCGGCUUUCUAAGGUAGAAAAUGGAUACAAUUUCGAUUAUAGAAUGGAGUAUAAAUUUCUGAAAAGAAAGUCGGCUAUCGUACGAUAUGGAGGACGUCAACCUCCUUCAAUAUUCAAUAUUACCGAACCUAGUACUGCAACGGAUCCAGAGCCGGAAUACUAUUUAGGUGAUUUAAUAUCGGGAACAUAUUGCUCUCGAAUUUUCAGCGACUGUGAUAGGAAACACUGCCGUCUUCAGUCUCCCAACUUUCCGGGAAUAUACCCCCGUAAUUUGACUUGCUACUACGCCGUCAGACAGCACGAGAUACCACCAGGAAAACACGCCUUAAUCACCGUUCGUCAACCAAAAGGUCAGCUCGUAUCCAUACGUAGUCAAUCAGCUUUAUUUGGUACGGCAACACCAAGCGAAAUUAAAGUAUGGGACGCCUGUAACGACGUUCAAGAUUACGUUACAAUUUAUGACGGUUACACUACGAGAGAUCCUGUGAUUUUGAAGUUUUGUGGAGGUGGUGAAGAAGUACCGCCAGCUGUGUCCAGUGGACAUGAACUGCUUGUGGAGUUUUCGUCUUCUCCUUAUGGUACUUUCUUGCAUCCUACUCCCGUUCAAGCGUUGCAUGGAUUCCAACUAGAAGUUGAGGUAACUUUCGUUGAUAUUCAAUCUCCGUCGUUCACUAAACAAAAACGAAACUGCGAAUUUUGGAUUCGUGGUACCAAUCGAGGAGUAGUGGAAAGCCCGUUACAUUCUAUACCAGCUAAUACAACAUGCCUUUAUCAUCUUCAAGGUCUCGAUGCUACGAUUUCUCCUUCACCUUCACCAUCUCACAGGACGCGUUAUCCAGAUUGGAGGCAUGUUGGUAUGAUUUUACCGCCCCCUAGAUAUCGAGUUUGGUUAAGUGUAUUGAAGUUUCAUGUUGCGAGUGUUUGGGAUCCAAAAAAACCCGAUCAGAUAUGUAGGAGUUACUUGAACGUAUGGGAUGGGCAGCUUUGGACGCCAUCUAAUUGCGAUGGUUUGUACUGUUCAAGUAUAAGAGACAAAUCGAAAAACCGUCAAAGUUCCGCUCUCCAAUCAUCUUCCAGUACAAGUAACAAGAAAAACGUCACUAUGUUGGCCCGUUAUUGCAGAGAGCACGUACCGAGAAGCUGCGACCAUUCUCUUCUGGGAAAUUUGACAAGAUUUCCCAGACCAUGUACGUUGGCUGAAAGUUUCCUGACAUCCGGGGACAGUCUCACCCUUGAACUGAGGGUAGCCGAUUCAACCGCCUUAAAACCGGUUACGUUCAAGGCCCUCUACGAAUUCGUUGACCUGCAUCUAGACGGAGAGCCUUACGGGGACGGGCCGUGUUCAAGAAAGUUUGGAGACAUUUCCACGCGGUCUGGAAUGUCGGGCAGUCUAGGGAGAGGGUUCGGAGAAGAAACUCAGCAUUUCAAAUCGCCUCGAGAUAUUUUUCUAUACGGUAGAGGAGGAGCUAAAAACAUCAGUUGCGUCUACCGUUUCGAAGUAAAAAAAGACGAACGCAUCAAAAUAACAAUAACCGAGAUGAUAGUAAAGAACCGCCGAUGUGAAACAGUUAUCAGCAGAGAUACUAAUCAAUUAGAAUGUUUCGGGAAUACAUCAGCCACCCUCAGAUUCUACGAAGUACCAUGGAACGACGUACCGGGUGUUCCGAAAGACUGUCUGUGCGCUGUGGAUAAAAGUAGACUCAUUCCGUUUACAUAUUUUUCAACGUCGAAUGUGGUAGAAUUACGAUUCAACGUAAUGGGAAUGAAUGCGUCAGAUGAUUUCGAUACGCUUUUAUUCGAAGGACAUUGGAAAUAUAUAAAAACUCCCGGAUGUAGGAAAAACUUGAGAUAUAGAGGAGCCAGCGGAGAGAUUGCUUUUCAUUAUCCUACGUCCUUCGAUGGGAUUAACUGCGAAUCGAAUCCCAGAGUGAUCAUUCCUGGACUGAACAAGUAUUUAUACGUUAAAAUCAAUGGUUUCAUUAUGCGUCAUUCAACUCGCAAAGGUAACUCGACUAUCAAAACUCUCAUCACUGGCCAGAAAUGUGAGCACGCGAACAGAAUAGUAGUUCAUACUGCUGUCUAUUCGGCGUUAAUAUGUCCUUCUUCUUCAACGUACCGACAGCAUAUCGUAGAAGUAUUCUCUGAAGGAUGGAAUUUGAAAAAAGCACACGAAGCUAUCGACGGGAUGUCACUAGAUAAAAUAGAAAUAGAUCGUUUAGGUACGGAAUUAUCAAAAACGGUUGUUGUUGAAUUUUAUGGUAGAGAAGAAGCGGAAUAUUAUGUUAAUUGGUUGGAACUUUCUAGGCGAAGAGAUGUUCCUCCUAAUGGUUUAGGACUCUUCAUGAUGCGUCCAGAUGAUUGUCAAUAUCGUUGUCCAGAAUUAGAUGCUUGUAUCAAUGCAAGCGUAUGGUGUGAUGGUGUUGAAGAUUGCCCUUCAGGAAUAGACGAAGCUAUAACACACUGCUCUAUAUUAUUGCAACUACCUCCACUUUAUCUCUUCUUCGGAGCUUUGGGAGUAAUCCUUUCCAGUUUUUUGACUGGUGUAAUUCUUUGGAAAACAUGUCGUCGAAGACCAAGAUCAAUCCUUCAAACGCGACUAAAAAGCUUGUCUUCCGACACUGCCAUCAUCGACGAUAGAGAUAUAAUUUGCUGACACAGCGAUAAUUCUGUAAGAUACGUAGAAAUUGACAGAGUAACUACUGUCUGACGCACGAAUUUCUACGUUUCUCACAGAAUUGUGAUUAGCAAAUUUUUUAUAAAUUUUAGUAACAAUGUCAGUAAAUAAGUUGAUAGUGUCUUGGUAUUUUUUUAAAAAGAUCAUAUUGAUCUUAUUUUAGUUGCUCGCGAAUGACGGAUAAGAGUCGCCAUAAGAAUUCCGUUUGGGUUUUUUUAACGAUAUUGAGGUAUUUUUCGGUUUUUAUUCGUCAAAAUCUAACCAAAUAUGAAACGCUCUCUGCGUCAGAAAAGUCCUAGUUUUGAGCCAGAUUUGAAAAUGUGCUUAUUUGUUGGCGCUUCUUUUAUAUGAAUAAUUUUUUUGAUUUAACUCUUUCUACGUCUUGAUCCAAUUUAUUGCCAUGUUUACUUUGACAUCUAUUUCCACAGAUUAUGUUCAAAUUCCAAUGUUGAUUUCACUAAUUUUCACAUCAAAAUUUUUAUGAUGCGCGACCUUGUAUUAACUGACUAUUGCAGGUUCUCUUUUUCUACAGUCUUCUAAGAGACUAUUUUCGAUCUUCUUUUUUCUCCUUCUGUCAAUAGUCAUUCAUUUAUUAUAUUUUAUUUAUAAUAUUGUAUUUUCUUAUGGAGACAAAGAAAAACGUGGUUGGAAAUAUAUAAAUUUGAUAAGAAGAAAUUGAUCGAAAUAGAAUUACAUUGAAAUUCAUAUUUUUUUGAGUUUGCAGAAUAGUUUAUUGAAAUACAAGUAACAAAAGACUUUUAAUUCCAGCAAGAGCACAGAAGGAACGAAUGCUGGAAUGGCCCCUGUUACGAGUGUUUUAUACUAUUUUCUCCGUAUCGGAUUCUAUUGAAAUUAUUCAUUUAUAGAAAAGUUUUGAAAAAUAUACAUUACGGAUAGUACACCGUAACGUAGGGGGUCGGUUGAUAGCACUGAUUCAUGUUCAACAGUGGAAGUACUAUUUGAUUUAAAAUUUUGUCUAAGUCAGUCAAGAUUAGGUAUUUCCAAAAAAAUUUCAAAUUCAUAUUUCGUGACUACAUUUACUUUGUCUAAAAACUUCAUAUGAUUUAUUGUAAAUAGUAUUGAAAUAACCUCACCUGUCAGCCGUCAAAAUUAAACUUAUUCAGGGGCACCAAUCCUCUAUAAAAAGUUACUCAAAAUCAUUUAAGAAUGUUGUUCAUUACACGAGCAUGCGUGCGAGAAUAACGUAUCGAAACAGAGAAAUAUUUUACUGUAUUAUCAUUAUUUGACAUAGAGCAUAAUAAAGUUCAAACCAUUCGAUGCAAAACAAAAUAAAAGAAAACCCCUUUUUCUCUUCUGUGUGGCAGUCAAUUUUCCAAAAUAAAAAUGAGAUAACGCCAGUACCCAAAAUCCAUUGAUUCACCACAGAAGACGAAUAAUUCAUCCAACAAUUAGCCGUUGUAACUAGAUCUGAUACUAGAAUUGGAAAUUGCAUAAUAAAGUUGAAAUUACGAGAACUUAUAUAAUCACCUGAACUGCUAUGUUUGCAGGUGAUCAAAACACAUUAAGUGCUGCGUUGCCUUGCUUAAUAAUGUCAAACAUCGUUUAGGAAUUGGAGAAGAUGUACGUUUAGAACCAAGUUUUUUCAUUUAACAUUUAAAAAUACUAAGACACGAUAUAGUUCAACGAAUACUGAUUCUUUUAUAUUUUUUAGUCCUGGACCAAUAACUAAUUUUAAGGGAGUUUUUUAGAGUUGUGAUUAUAAAUUUUAGGGUCACUUGUUAGACAAUUAUCAAAUUUAGAGCUUUUUAAUCUAGAUUAGUACUUAUAUUAUAAUAAUACUUACCACCUCUUUCAACAUGUUUUUCACGGUUUGUUACUAGAUAGUUCGAUUUUAUAAAUUAAAAAAAUUGAGGUAUACAUUCUUCAGAAUAUCCGUUGUUAAAGGCUAACAAAAAUAUUUAUUUAUUAUUUAUUUAUUGACACUAACCUACAACAUAAGGACCAAUUAAAAGGUGGGAAAGACAUACAUAAAAGUUACCAAUUAAACUAUUAAAGUGUACAAAUAAACGAUGGUACAUUUAGAUGAAAUGCAAAUAAUAUACAAAUAAAAAGACGAAAAAAGUAAAGUGAAAGUUUUCGUUUUCAUGAUUCAUUCGGUAUAAAGUUGAGAAUUUGAGAACAUUGGCUCUAGCAACGGGAAAGUAGAAUAGAAGGAGACCAGGUGGCCACUCAAGGAGUAUGUAUUCUUAAAAGACCUAGCAGUUCUCGUCAAUUUUAUUCGUAAAAUCGUUGUAUCAGUGUGUUAUGAGGUAUUCUUUGUGAUAGAUAAAUAUUGUCAGACAGGAACCACAUAUAUUCGACAUACUUUCAGUGAAUAUUAUUCAAUUUUCUGAUAUCAGUUUGGUAGCUUGAGUCCCAUAUAAGAGAGUCCUACGGUAAACUGCCUAGAACUUCUCAGUACGAAACUGAGGAUUCUAAAGACUCCACUUAGGAUAAUUUUAGUAUGUUUAGAAAAUUUUAAUUUACAAUGAAAUGUAACACCAAUAUCUUUGAAUGCUGCAGACAUUUCAAGCACAAUAUUAGGAAUGCGAUAAUUAAAAUGA